AUGACUACCGUUUGCGAAUCUGGCAUGCGUAUUUUGGUGUCGCAAUCGAACAACGAUAUCAACGUUCUACAGUCGUCUCAUCUCUUCAAUGAACAGUGUUGGGGUGAGGGUCCAACGGUCAGAUUCAUGGCCAACGACACGCAAUACAACAGGACAUACUAUUUGGCCGAUGGGAUAUGCCCUCGUUGGCCCGUGUUUGUCAAGACGAUCCAGCAACCGGUUGGGCCAAAACAAUCCUAUUUCGCGGCAGAACAAGAGGGUGCUAGGAAGGCUGUUGAGCAAGCUUUUGGUGUCCUCCAAUCGCGAUGGGUCAUUCUACGGUACCCGGUACGAGUUUGGCAUGAAAAUGAUGUCGCCACCAUCAUGUAUGCAUUUAUCAAAUUGCACAAUAUGAUAAUAGAUUACGAAGGAUUUGCUGCAGAGCGCUGGGCACCGAAAGAGGGUGCUAGUACGAGUCACGGUAUUGCCACCGCCCCACUGCAGAUAGGUGUACCGCGUAUUAAUGUAUACUUGAUCCAACGGUUCACUAAUAUGCGGAUGGAAACAUCACAUACGACACUGCAUGCUGAUUUGGUUGAAGAGGUCUGGAAUCGUAGGGGAGGGGACAGAGCGUGA